GCGGGCAGCGCACCAAAACAAACAUGGCGUCGUCUGCUCCGGAUCGCCUGACAGUCCUACGGCGACACUUAUCCUGCCCUGGGCGAGACGGGGCGGGGCGGGGCGCGGCGGGGCGAUGGCAGGGGGCGGCGGCAGGACCCCAGGACACAAAGGGCGCGGCGACCCCUCCCGGCGGGCCCUCCAUACCCCAGAAAAGGCAGGAGGUCUUGAAGUGGAACGGCUGGGGCUACAAGGACUCCAAGUUUGUGGUUCAUAAAGGGGACGACUACUAUGUUUCCUUCACCGGCAACAGGUACAAAAUCGGCAACAUGGUUCUCCCGCACUUUGCCGGUUGGGUGAAGGAGACGCUGGGAGUGGACUUUGAGGACUGCCAGCCCCCCCAGCCGCCGCCCCUGCCCCAUCAGAUACCCCAGCCCAUACUACACCAGGGGUUCGUGGAUGAGGUCCGAGCGCUAGGCCUCAACCACAGCCUUGAGGGGGACGACCGCCUCUUCCGCGCCCAUGGACACACACUUGCCGAGAUCUUUGUGCUUCGGCAAGGCAUGUUCCCGCGCAUCCCAGACAUGGUGGUGUGGCCCGGCGCACACAAGGACGUGGAGGUGCUGGUGGGGCUGGCGGGGCAGCACGGGGUCGUCCUCAUCCCCUUCGGAGGCGGCACCAGUGUCUCCGGCGCCCUGCUGUGCCCCGAGGAGGAGAGCCGCAUGAUUGUCUCCCUGGAUACCUCGCAGAUGAGUAACAUUUUAUGGCUGGACGAGAAGAACUUAACGGCGCGCAUCGAGGCCGGCAUCAUCGGGCAGGACCUGGAGAGACAGCUGAGGGCGCGAGGCUACACCACAGGGCACGAGCCGGACUCCUAUGAAUUCUCUAGUCUCGGGGGCUGGGUGGCCACAAGAGCGUCGGGGAUGAAGAAGAACAUUUACGGGAACAUUGAGGACUUGGUGGUGCAGGUGAGGGUGGUCACCCCGCGGGGCACCGUCGAACGCUACCCCGCCGGCCCCAGGCUCUCUGCGGGGCCUGACGUGCAGCACCUCAUCAUGGGGUCGGAAGGUACGCUCGGGGUGGUCACGGAGGUCACCCUUAAGGUCCGGCCCCUCCCCCCGGUGGUCCACUACGGGUCCAUCGCCUUCCCGGACUUUGCGUCGGGCGUGAGGUGCAUGCGGGAGGUGGCGCUGCAGAGGUGUCAGCCGGCAUCCAUCAGGCUCAUGGACAACCAGCAGUUCAGGUUUGGUCAUGCGCUCAAGCCUCCGACCGGCCUCUUCGGGUUGUUCAUGGACGGACUGAAGAAAGUUUACAUCACCAAGAUCAAGUGUUUCGACGUGGAGCGCAUGUGUGUGGCGACGCUGCUCUUCGAAGGCUCAGAGCAAGAGGUGACGGCACAAGAGGCUCGUCUGUACAAGAUCGCGACGGCCAGUGGGGGGGUGCCGGCCGGGGGGGCUAACGGCGAGAGGGGCUACAUGCUAACCUUCGUCAUCGCGUACAUCAGGGAUCUUGGCUUCGACUACGGCAUCGUGGCGGAGUCCUUCGAGACGUCCGUGCCUUGGGAUCGCGUCUACACCCUUUGCCACAACGUAAAACACCGCAUCACCUCGGAGUGCAAGGAGCGUGGCAUCAAGCACAGUUUCGUCACCUGCCGCGUCACGCAGACCUACGACGCCGGUGCCUGCGUCUACUUCUACUUCGCCUUCAACUACCGCGGCCUCUCCGAUCCCGUCCAUUUGUAUGAGGAGAUUGAGGGUAACGCGCGCAAUGAGAUCCUGGCGUGUGGGGGCAGCAUCUCUCACCACCACGGCAUCGGCAAGAUCAGGCGCCAGUGGAUGGGCCAGACAGUCUCCGCGCCGGGCCUCGGAGCGCUCAAGGCCAUCAAGGAGUACUUCGACCCUGAAAAUAUCUUCGCUAACGGAAAUUUGCUCUAGAAAGGGAGGAGGAAGUGUCGUCGGUGUAGUAAUCCCGAGGCUACGGGACUCAGGACACAGCUUGGAAGGGACGUUUUUCGUAUUCGGAGAGAUGUUUCGUAUGUCCGUGAGUAUUUCGUAUGUUCGCUCCCUUCCAGCAGCAGCCAUUACAUCGACGCAUAUCAUUGCUUUCUUUUCGCACAAACGCACAUAUUCGAGUGUGUUUGUUUGUAUGUGUGUGUGUGUGGGUGUGGGUGUGGGUGUGGGUGGGGGGAGGGGGGGGGGAUUGUUGUUUGAAUGCAUCACUGACUUGGUUGUUGUACGGAAGCAGAAAUGUGUGUGUAUGUGUGUGUGUGUGUGUGUGUGUGUGUGUGUGUGUGUGUGUAUUUACCUAGUUGUGACAUACGGGAAAAGAGCAACGUGUGUGUGUGUGUGUGUGUGUGUGUGUGUGUUUAUUCCACCGUGUGACAGGCCGAAUGCUAAUAUAAAUGAUUGAUGUGUUCGGGUGGAAAUCUGAAUACGUAAUAAUGAUGAAAAUAAUGCCGGUUUUGUUAAGAUAGUAAAACCGUGAGGUGUAUCUUUAUUAUUAUUAUUAUCUUAACUAUUUUAUUUAUCUUUAUCUUCUAUGGUAACAAGAAACAGGUGGAGAGAGGGAAACAAAACUAAAUGUUGGGGUUGCAAAUAUAAACACACUAAUAAUAAUAAUAAUAAUAAUAAUAAUAAUAAUAAUAAUAAUAAUAAUAAUAAUAAUAAUGCUUGCAAAUGCCACACAGUUUGUUUAAGUAUACAAGCAAACUACGAAAUGUGUGUGUGUGUGUGUGUGUGUGAGAGAGAGAGAGAGAGAGAGAGAGAGAGAGAGAGAGAGAGAGAGAGAGAGAGAGAGAGAGAGAGAGAGAGAGAGAGAGAGAGAGAGAAGCAAGUUAAGUUAGCAUAAGUCAAUCAGUUCUUGUAAUAGGGUAGCAGUUACCCAGCAGUCAGCAGGUAGUUACCAAUCAUUUAGAAAUCCAGAGUGCAAGCAGGUAGCAAGUAGUCAGUAGGAGUCAGUAAUAGGGUCAGCAGGCAGUCAGUAGCUUGUUGAGUCAGCAGUGGACAGCAGCAACACUUUAUCGACUAUCCCUGAGUCAGCCACGUUGAGUCGCCACCAGCCCCCUCUCACCCUGCCCUCAUAACUCGUCCGCUGUGAUUUAUUUAUUUAUUCAUUUUUUUUACGUGUAUGCCUAUAGCGCUGGUAGGCUCUCUUGAGGGGCCCGGAUGGUAGUCGGCCCCAGCCCAUCAUGGCGCAGGCAAGUGUUUAUAGUGGCGCCAUCUUCUCACGGAUUUUGCCUUCACUGGUAGCCUGGUAACAUACACUCCCAGGUCUUUCUCUGCCUCUGUGGUGGAUAGUGGAGUGUUUCCCAUGUGGUAUUGGUGUGCUGGAUAUCCCUUCACUGAUAGCCUGGUCACAUACACUCCCAGGUCUUUCUCUGCCUCUGUGGUGGAUAGUGGAGUGUUUCCCAUGUGUUAUUGGUGUGCUGGAUAUCCCCUCCCAGGUGCAGGACUUUACAUUUUUCUUCAUUGAAUUAUAGCAGCCACUUCUUGUUCCACUCCUGUAGCUUGGUGAUGUCUUCUGGUGGGAAAUCUGCAUCCAAGGGGCUAAGUCCUGGCUGGUGGCGACAAAAGUGCUGCUUGGAGUCACUUUGUACAUACCUGGUGUAUAAUACAAGCUGUAGUCUCCUUAGCUUCAGUGCGAUGCUGUAAGCUAGGGUUAGAGUCUAAGAGGGGAUUCCAGGAUUAAGGUUAAGUAAACAGGAAGAUUUGAGAGGCACUAAGGAUUGAAGAUUAAGUUAUAGAAGGAUUGAUUAGAGAGGCAUUUAAGUGAAGGCCAGAAUUUUAGACCCAAGUUAUGGAAGGAUUUGAUUUGAGGGGUUUCUUGAAGGCCAGGAUUUAAGAUUAAGUUACUGGAGGAUUUGAAAGGCAUUUAAGUGAAGGCCAGAAUUUUAUACCUAAUUAAAGAACGAUUUGAUUUGAGGGGUUUCUUGAAGGCCAGGAUUUAAGACUAAGUUACUGGAGGAUUUGAAAGGCAUUUAAGUGAAGGCCAGAAUUUUAUACCUUAUUAAAGAACGAUUUGAUUUGAGGGGUUUCUUGAAGGCCAGGAUUUAAGACUAAGUUACCAGAGGAUUUGAACGGCAUUCAACCCUCUUGUACACUGUAAGUUUCCAAUAAGUUUCUGUUCCACUCAUCAUGCAUUUCCCAGGCCCGACCGGCCUUUUUUUGCCACCGCGAUACUGUACAUUCCCGGACGUAUUUCACCCUCACAGCUAUAUCGUACCCCAAUAAAUUUGGUAUCAAUGGCUUCAUAAAGACUUGUACUAGAACACGCACAAAUAUAUAUAUAUAUAUAUAUAUAUAUAUAUAUAUAUAUAUAUAUAUAUAUAUAUAUAUAUAUAUAUAUAUAUAUAUAUAUAUAUAUAUAAACAAUACAGACUUGUUUCAAGUCUCCGUAUAGAGUAUUGUAGACAACAAAUCCUAAGUACCAACUCUUCCCCACUCGCUAGCUUGAAAUUUUGCGGGCCAGUUUUUUUAGCCGAUAUGUUUCGAAGCGGAAUUUAGUAAGGAUUCUUAUGGUAUCCUCAAAAUCCUCAUAUGCCUAUUAGUUCCCGAGUUACACCGAGAAAACUGUAUUUUUUUCCUCUCCCGUCAGAGUUGGCUAACAACUAAAAAUCGCUCGAAGCUCCUCAUCUACGCUCCUUAGAAAGGUUGCCAUAUGUUGCCAUUAAGAAACUUACCCCAACAAAUGACGCUCCCAAAUUUGAUGCACUUUCACCGAAAACUUAAUUCUUAAUCAAUUUUUAAAACUUUUUAUGACAUGUUUCGCGUCAUUGUGCGCCAGGACCUUUUACCCUUUGAUGACGCAAAAUGCAUCAUCGUGCGCGAGAGGGUUGAGUGAAGGUCAGAAUUUAGAUGAAGUUAAAGAGAGCUUGAUUUGAGAGGCAUUGACGGAAGGCUGGGACAUAAGAUUGAGUUCGAGGAGGACUGAUUUGAGAGGCUAAGUUAUCGAAGGCGCUGACCACUAACCAAAGAGUGUGUGAAGUAAAGUAGUAGGGUGUUCUGAGUGUGCGUCCCAAUUUCUUUUCUCUCCCCUGAUAUAACAUUGUAAGUAAAUGGAGAGGUGCGAGGGAGACCACAAACAUCGACAGGAUCUUUUUAUUGCAACGCCGUGCCAUGCAAGUUCCUGAUUUUAUGCAUAACAUCGCGGUGUAUAAACAUGGCCAGAGGUGUAUAGUGUACGUAUAUUGAAGUGCGUGCGUGUGUAUGUCUGUGUGUGUUUGUGAGAGAGAGAGAGAGAGAGAGAGAGAGAGAGAGAGAGAGAGAGAGAGAGAGAGAGAGAGAUUGUGUAUGUGUGGGUAAGUGUAUAAGAAAAUAAAGAAGAAGGAGAAGAAGAAGAAGAAGAAGAAGAGUAUUAUAAGGCAUGAGUUUUUUCCUUCACGCUUUUCGCAUUUAUUACUUUAUAUGUUAACCAAAGCAGUGUGUGAUAGGUAACUGGUUUGACCAAUGGUUGUGACUGUUUCCGGAGUUAUGUGGCCCCAAGGGUUGUCUGUUGUUCCGGUUAUGAUGUUAUGUUAUGAAUAUAUGAGGUGUAGAGUGUACCUAACCUUACCUAACCUUAUAUUACCUUACCUUACCUAACCAUAUCUUACCUUACCUUACCUAACCUUAUAUUACCUUACCUUACCUAACCUUAUCUUACCUUAUCUUACCUAAUCUUAUCUUACCUUACCUUACCUUACCUAACCUUACCUUACCUUACCUUACCUUAUCUUACCUUACCUAACCUUAUCUUACCUUACCUUACCUAACCUUAUCUUACCUUACCUUACCUCACCUCACCUAGCCUAACUUUACCUUCCUUUCCCUUUCCUUUCAUUCCCUAACCAUACCUUACAUUUCCUUUCCUUUUGAACCCUUCCCUUUCCUUUCCUUCCCUCUCCUUUCCUUUCCUUUUCUUUCCUUCUCUUUCCUUCCCUAACCUUACCUUACAUUUCCUUUCCUUUUGAACCCUUCCCUUCCCAUCCCUUACCUUACCUAGCAUUAUCUAACCCUCCCUUCCCUUCCCUUUUGUUCCCUUCCCUUCACUUUCCUUCCCUUCCCUUCACUUCCCUUCCCUUCCCUUCUCUUUCCUUCUCUUCCCUUUCCUCUCGUUCCCUUCCCUUCUCCUCCCUUCCCUUCUUUUCCCUAACCUUACCUUACCUCCCCUUUCAUUCCCUUCCCUUACCUAGCCUUAUAUAACCUUCCCUGCCCUUUCCUUCCCUUUCCUAACCUAACCUUACUCUUAUAUAACUAAGGAAUGGAGAGGUGCAGAGAAAUGAAGCUGUAUUAGGGAACCCAGUGUCAUGUAGGGGCUUGAGUGUGUGUUGCCCGGCCCUGGGUGUGGGUGUCAAUCACUGUGUUGGGUAAUGAUGAAACAAUAUCAUAAACAGUAAAAUGUCCAAGACUCAA